UCGAGUUGGCGGCAGAUCUGCACUGUGCGCUAUGUUUCCGCAGUGAUUGAUGAACUGUAGUUGUUUUCGAGUUCUUCAGCACAAUGCAACUGGCCACAGAGUGCUGACUUUGAUUACUAAUAUAUCACGUCUUGUCCCAUAUCUCUAUUAAUGACGGGAGUUCGGAGAGUCGCAAUAACUGGUUUGGGGGUCUGUACACCUUUGGGUUUCAGUGUAUCAGAAUUAUGGGCGAAUCUUUUGAAAGGCUCUUGUGGAAUAUCAAAGACGCUUGAUGAAUUUUCUUUUUUGCCUAGUCAGGUUUUUGGGAGCAUCGAUAAUCAAAAAUUGGAAGAACGAAAGUCUUUUGUAGAGUCUGAAGUCUAUAAGUCAUGUGGUUUGGAUAUUUCUAAUGAUUGGAGAUCUGUGUCACGUGCUAGUGCUCUAGGUAUUAUUGCAACUUAUGAAGCUUUCAAACAAGUGAAGUGGAAAGCAAACUCAGGUUAUCGAGCAGGUAUGUUUUUAAAUGAUCUAAUAAGAUAACACUCGCGGGGUACGAUAACUUCAUUCUGACGUUUUCUCACUAGUUCAGAGAAUUUCCUUCCUAUCACGUACUUAAAACGUCUAUUAAUUCGACCGGCACGUGCAUUCGAUAUUUUAGUAAAACAUGAAUCCCAGUUACUUUUUGUUAUAUUUAACCGAAUUAUUCGAGUUAUUUCCAUUUUACAAAGGCCAGGGCACUAACUUAACAAAUGAAGUACUUACUUUAUCUCGUCAUCUCUUUAUUAGCUAUUUAUGAUCUGUCAUAUUUAAACGCCAGAACCACAGAAAAGGUUCACUAUGAUCUGAUUUCUGAAAUAGAUGAUUGUUAGCAGUUCGGUUAAGAAAUUAUUACCAUAGUUUGGUUAGAACAAUAGAAACCCUUAUAUAUUUAGUAAGGUAUUCUAAGAUAUUGCGAUCGAUUAUUGUGUUCGAUAGAAGGUCCCCAAAAAUCAACAGGGGUUGUAUAAAGACAUUAUGGAGCCUAAAGUAGGUGGUUACGUAGCUAAAUCAGUAGAUAAAUUGAUGGUAAUUAAGGAACAAAGUGUAUAAGAGCGUGGUUAGCUGAAUUCACUGGAUUGAGAGCAAAGCUUUGAUAUGAAAUGAAGAGGAGUUUAACCGAAAUAUGAUUUGAUAAUUCAGGAGAAGAUAUUUAAAUUCAAGCUAUUGGCAUCAAUCACUGGGUUUUUUUUCUUGGACACAAAAAUCUGUUUGUUUGCUAUGGCUUCAGCAAGUCUGAAAAGACUUGAGCUCAUGUGCUUGCCCAAUAUUCGUCAGAGGAUGUUUACUCUCAGGGAAUACAGAUCUUUCAAAAAUUGUUCAUUUUUUAUCUUAACAUUCUAACUGCUGUAACAGAUGCAUAAUCUAGGGAAUAUGUUUGCAGUUAACAAAAAAUCUGCAUUUCAAUUUCUGAUCAGGUUAACUGUCAUGCUCCCACAGGUAGAUUUUAAUCAGUGGGGAGUUCGGUCAAGCAUAUCAACUGGAUAUGAUUCAAAUUUUUGUCAUGUUCUACGUUAAUUAUGACCGAAUAACUAACUACCUGUGUAACGUCACUUUUAAAGAUUAAGAGAAUGGAGAAUGUUUAUAUUUGACUGUAGAUCGAUUCAUUUUAUUGUAUUCAAUAGUUCCGUGUCUAUAAAAGAAUUUCUAUGGAUAUAUGUUGUUACUCUAGCACUUUCCAAUUUUUAACAUUGCUUUUCAAAAACAAUCGCUGAUGUAUAUCAUUUUAGCUGAUUUUAUCACUAUCACCCCAUGUCUACCUGAAUAAAAUAAGCGAAAUCAGUCUAGUUUAGCAAGUCCCAAUGGAGUGUUGGGCUUGUUCAAAGCGAUCAUUGGGUUGCUGGUUUAAAUCUCGUCCCACUCUCUUCGGUUCGAGUAUCUAGGUAGAUUAGCAUACAUACAUGAAUCUGCCCAUGCUUACCUAUUUGUGUUUAUUAGAUUAUAAUUAUACCAGUUAUCUAGAUUGAUAGGUUAAUAAUAAGUCAUAAUUACUAAUUUAUUCGUAUAUUGUAUUUCAAACAUUUCUAUAGAUAUUCUAAGUUAUUUAAUGGCUCGAGAGUUUUUUGCCAGUAAUUUUGUAGUAUAACUUUAGGUGUUUGCUUUGGAGUGGGGUUGGACGGUCCAAAUGAAGUUAUGAAUACAUCAUCAGGAAUUUUAGCCAAGAAAUACUCUAUUAUUGGGCCUCAUGCUUUAACAAGAACACUCGGUAAUAUCCCAGCUGCCAUAAUAAGUCGAAUUUGGGGACUACGAGGACCGUGUAUGACAGUCAACACCGCAUGCGCUGCUGGCCUACAUUGCAUUGGCGAAGGCUUCCGUAUGAUUCAGAAUAACGAAGCUGAUCUGGUUGUUACUGGUGCAUGUGAAUCUCCUUUGAAUGCCUGGAUAAUCGCUGCUUUUUGUCGACUACGUGCAUUAUGUACACAAUUUAAUGAUAAUCCUGAGAAAGCCUCCCGUCCAUUUGAUUCCUUGCGAAAAGGAUUUGUGUUAUCUGAAGGUGCAGCUACAGUUGUAUUACAAGCAUGGCCUCCUCCAGACAGUUUCUUAAUGGAAUCAUUUAUGGAAACACCAAAACCGAUAGCUGAAGUUAUUGGUUUUGGAAGAUCUGUGAAUAGUACACGGGUGGGGACAAUCGAAUGUAUUUGAUACAAAAUUACAGAACUCGUUAAUAAAAUCUAACAACCAUAUAGUAAAUGCUCAAUUUGCAAAAUGUUCAUCAAUUGUCCCAAAAUGGCUCAGACUUCAUUGUUCUUGUAUUUUCAUACAAAUAGGAGAUGCACAUCAUUUGGUUGCACCUGAUACAACAGGAAAUGGAGUACUUCGAAGUAUGCUAAAUGCCUUCAAAGACUCAAAGCUUAAACAUUUCAAUCAAAUCGGACACAUAAAUUGUCAUGCAACAUCCACCCCUGUUGGUGAUUUAACAGAGCUGAGCGCUAUUGCACAAAUGUUUGGUGAAUAUUUUAAUCCUCAAUACCAUACACCUGUUGUAAUCAAUUCAAUUAAAGGUCACCUUGGUCACUGUUUGGCAGCAGCCGGUGCCAUAGAAACCGUGUACGCUGCUUUAUCUGUUAAUCAGAAUCAAAUUUGUGGAAACCUCAACCUGCAUAAUCCUAUCUCAAUUUCUGAGUUGUUGGAGGUUUUAAAAUCUAAUUCCAGUUCUUCAACUAGUAUAUCUUCUAAUGAAAAGUGUAUAGAUCUGUUUAGGAACUAUGCUGUACUUCCUAGACACGAUCAAACACAAGUUACGUGGCCCGAUAGUCAUCGACGUAUUGUUAUGACUAACUCAUCCGGAUUCGGUGGGACAAAUGGAACUCUUUUAAUUUCAGAAUGGACGGAUUAG